AUGCCAGAUGGGUGUCAUGGUCCACAACAAUUGAAGGAUGGCAUUGCGCAAAUCCGCGUCCACCAUGCAGUCGAAAAAUUUAUUGAAGCUAUCCGUGAGGAUUAUGUUUAUCUGCUAGCUUCCUCGUACCACAAUAGCAGUCUUUGUAGUUUCCUCAAAACGCCAGCUCGCGGUAGUUACAACACCUGUCACUUUGAAUCUUCUCACUUCGGCUAUGAUUGCAUGGCGAUGCUUCUUCAAUUGCAUACAAAGCGUUUGCAGAAGGUCGAAGCAGUGUACUCAAUGGAGAUCAGAGCGAGGAUGCUCUAUAAAAUCUCCAUAUUUUCCGCAAGUAUGCCAAGAGCUGAGUGGAUUACCGCCUUGAUCAAGUUCCAUUUGUCUUGA